AUGGAUUCCUCUCAGUUCCUUAAGGUGGUGCUCCUAGGUGAUUCUGGUGUAGGAAAGACGUGUCUUCGUUCCCAGUUUGUUCACCAUGUGUUUACGAACGCUUAUAAAGCCACCAUUGGUGGUGACUACUUGACCACAACCGUCAAUAUACCAAAGGAUAGUAUCCCAAAGUCCAAUGCAAGUCUAUCUUCGGACACUGAACGAAGAUCACAAUCCACAGCAACCACUACCACGAAGGUAAACCUACAGGUGUGGGAUACAGCGGGCCAGGAACGUUUCAAUUCGAUAUCUCAAGCAUUCUAUCGAGGCGCCGAUGUGUGUAUUCUCGUUUACGACGUUACGAAUUACGAGUCUGUUCUAAGUAUACGAGAUUGGUUCUCGAGGUUCAUGGAACACUGCCGUGUUGAUAAGCCAGGAGUGAUAAUUGUCGGAAACAAGAUAGACAGAGUCAACGAUAGAUGCAUUGACAAGGACGAAAUACGCGAGGUUCUUUGUCGUAAUAACCCAAAGAUCAACCUAGACGAUUACAUAACUAAUUGGGACACCGACUUGAUUGAAAUAUCAAGCAAACAACUACUGCUCGUUGAACUGGUUUUCGAACGUGCUGCCCAUAUCGGUGUACAACUACCUAGUGGAAGACGGCAAAGUAUAGCUGGCUUCGAAUCCAUCGAAUUGAAGAAAUUACGAAGGAGCUCAUGUGCAUGUUGA